AUGAAGCUCUGGGCCCUCCUACUUAUCAUGCUUGCCUAUGUGGUGGUGAUGGUUUUGCCUGUGCUGGGAGGGCUCUGGGAGAAAACCUCAG